UAGACGGGUUUCCUGGAAAAAAAAAACCCUUCUCUAAGAACAACAUGGCAGGCCUCUGGAUCACGCCCACUCUUGUCGUGUAUAAACGCUAAACUUCAGCCGCACUGUUCACUUUUAAAAGCCUGCGCUCGAUUCUUCACAGUCCGUCUACUUUUCGUGUCAAAGCUAUUCAUUCCUUCAUCACUUCAAGUGCCAACAUGUCUGCUGAAAAGUGUCUCACUAAAGGUAGCGCUGCACCUGGCCCAGUCCCUAACGGCUCCAUCAGAGUUUACAGCAUGAGGUUCUGCCCUUUUGCCCAGAGAACCAGAUUGGUGCUGAAAGCCAAAGGAAUCAAGCAUGAAACCAUAAAUGUCCACCUGAGAGACAAACCAGAGUGGUACCUUAAGAAGAAUCCAUUUGGUCUCGUCCCGACACUGGAGACACCUGCUGGUGAGGUGAUAUACGAGUCGUCCAUCACCGGUGAAUACCUGGAUGAAGUUUACCCUGAAAAGAAGCUGCUUCCUUCCUCUCCCUUUGCUAAAGCUCAACAAAAGAUGAUGCUGGAGCAUUUUUCCAAAGUGAUACCAUACUUCUACAAGAUCCCAACAGGGAGAAAGAACGGUGAGGAUGUCUCCGGACUGGAAGCUGAACUGAAAGAAAAGCUUGCCAAAUUAAAUGAGGAGCUCAUUAACAAGAAGACCAAAUUCUUUGGUGGAGAUUCAAUAACAAUGAUUGACUACAUGAUGUGGCCGUGGUUUGAGAGGGCGGAGGCGUAUCAGUUCAAACAAUGUCUGGACAGCACACCUGAGCUGAAGAAGUGGACAGAGCUCAUGUUGGAGGAUCCAGCUGUCAAAGCCACCAUACACAGCGCAGACGCACACAAGGCCUUCUUCAAGACCUUCCUUGAUGGGAACCCCAACUUUGACUAUGGCUUGUAGAAAUUUAGUACUCAGAGUACUGAGCAAAACCUUCAGCCGUCCUUUUAUUUUACUGUCUCUGAGUCAGGUCUGUUUUCUAAACUCUGAUGUGACAUGUGUAAAGGGAAACAUCUGAAGAGUGAGUGUGACUGAUUUUUCAAUUAAAAACUGUCCAUGAAA